AUGGCUCCCAGCAAGAGGACCCCAACUUUGGCGGAGGUUGCCCUGGUACCCCUGAAGAGCUGCCUGGUCAACCUGCCCUCGCCGCUGGUUUCGCUGCUUGUCAAUGCAAAUACCCCUGCGCAAAACGUUAUCGUCGAGCUACAGCACCGUGGGAAACCUACAUCCGCCUCCGAUCCUGGGAAGAAUGGACAGCCAGUGCAGAGGUCAACGCAUGUUGGUUGGACGGGUAUGCCUAGCAAGAGGAAACUGGCACCAGUUGUGACACGGGACGGUAUCAAUGGCACAAGGGGCCAGCCAAAGGACCAGGAUGUGGCCGUGUUGGAAAUCGAUUCAACCUUUGGAAGGGUACUGGGCUUGAGUGACGGACAAAAGGUUGGUGUGCUUCUACACUUGGAUCCGCCGAUUGCCCAUACAGUCAACAUCGAACCAUUGACUCCAGCGGACUGGGAGAUCAUCGAAUUACAUGCCAACUUCCUGGAACUCAAUCUCCUUUCUCAAAUCAGGGCGCUUCCCAACCCUGCUUAUACACUCUCUGCCGGACAAGCAGAGCACACGCAUCCGCUCACUUUACACCUGUCACCUACUUCCACCGCGAAUAUAACCGUCACAUCGCUGACUCCACCAGCUCCGUCAUCAUCUCCUUUUGCAAAAAUUUCACCCGAUGCAGAAGUCAUUGUUGCACCCAAGGUCCGCCCGAAAACUGGAAGGUCAUCUCAGAGUGGAAAUCGGAGUACUGCCAGCACCGGCCGCAGAAGCCAGGGAGCAAGAAGUGUCAGCAGCGUUCAGAGACCCCGAAGUAGUCAGUCAGAGUCGUCAUCACGAGGCGCACUUUUCUUGCGGGCAGUAGACCGGAAAGCCGCCGUCAGCUGGUUUGACGAGGAUGCCGAGGCAGAGAAGGAUGAAGGGCUAAAGGUGUGGAUUGACCGCGAUGUUUUGUCAAAGAACGAGCUACGAGGGGUUUCCUGGGCUUGUGUGUCAAUUGUACGACCAGCUGCACUACAGGCACCCGUUGAUCCACAGCAACAGGCUCAGCAGAAGGAGCUGAUUUCGCCUGAAGCUGGAAGCAUCUCACGGAAACUUGUGGCCAGACUUCUCCCUUGGGAUGAGAGCCCUGAUACCGAGCAUAUCGCUUUGUCUUCGCUCUUAUGCUCUGCCUUAGAGUUUGACGGCAUGGUCGGCGGCAUCGUCCGCGUAGAGGCUGCUCCACCUCCAAUUCAGAAAUCAGCAGUGAAAACGCUCAAACUGUUUCCCUUUGGCACAGAUUUAUCUAAAAAGAAAGAGAGCUUCAGGUUCGGUGGCGAUUCAGCCAGCGCUCGGGAUGCCUUUGUUGAACGUUUGAAGAUGGUAUACGGGAGUCCCGGGUCUGAUAAGGGCAUUUUGAGCGGCCCAAUUACAGACGGAAUGUUCCUCCCAAAGCUAGACGAUCAAAUGAGAACGCUAGAUUUUGAUGGGGGGAUGGUCAAGUUUGACCCUCCAGUAGAUGGAAACUCGGCCGAUGCUAAACCAGCGUUUGGCUGGAUGCUUGGAUCCGAAGGCAAAAUCGCCAUUGAAGUGCAGGCAGCAAUACCCAAGCCGCCAGACCUCUCAUUCCAACCUAUACCAGCAGACGAAGUUUUGCCUACUGAGAUCCCCAAGCUAGUAGGUAUCAAACCUGUUAUUACAAACUGCAUGUCAAACCUCACUCGGUCUUCAUCGAUUCUUCUCACUGGUGGACUUGGAUCCGGCAAGACAUCUCUUGCCUAUCUACUUGCUCACCAAUUGCGAGAAGAUUACUUGUUUAAUGUUACAUACUUCCCCUGUCGAAAGCUGCUCAAUGAUGAGACCCGCAUCUCCUCAAUCAAAGACACCUUGCGGCGGCUUUUCCUUUCUGCUUCUUGGUGUGCGAGACUUGGUGGGAACUCGGUUGUCAUAUUAGACGAUCUGGACAAACUAUGCCCUGUCGAGACGGAACUCCAAGUCGGCGGCGAGAACGGCAGAAGCCGCCAAAUCAGUGAGAUUGUCUGCUCUACUGUCCGGGAAUUCUGCUCUGCUUCUUCGCCAGUGGUGUUGCUGGCAACUGCACAGGCGAAAGAAUCCUUAAACAACGUUAUAAUCGGAGGCCAUGUUGUUCGAGAAAUCAUCAGCUUAAAGUCGCCCAACAAAGACGGGCGAAGAUUGAUUCUAGAACAGCUGACGAAGGAGGAUAAAACCUCUAGCUUACAGGGAGAAGUGAACGGCCAUGCUCGCAACCCUAGCUCUUCAUCCCAGGAUUCCUGGCUCAACCCAUCAAAUCCUACAUCACGGCCAGGGUCGUCUGAUCAUUCUGAUGGGUUCGUUUUGAGCAGAGACCUUGAUUUUCUUGACCUAGCAGGCAAAACAGACGGCUAUAUGCCUGGUGAUUUAGUACUACUGGUAUCCCGCGCCAGGAAUGAGGCAUUGAUAAACGCAGUUCAAGAUACUACAUCCUCUUCAAGCGUCAUCACUCUGGGUACAGAGGACUUUGACCGAGCAUUGAAAGGAUUCACUCCUGCGUCUCUUAGAAAUGUUACUCUUACCUCCUCUUCGACCACUUUCUCAGCAAUCGGUGGCUUGCAUAGCACAAGAAACACCCUGCUUGAGACCCUACAAUACCCCACAAAGUAUGCCCCAAUUUUCUCCCAAUGCCCACUCCGACUCCGUUCUGGACUUUUACUUUACGGGUUCCCUGGAUGUGGUAAAACGCUGCUUGCCAGUGCCGUUGCAGGAGAAUGCGGCCUCAAUUUUAUCAGUGUGAAGGGCCCUGAGAUCCUUAACAAGUAUAUCGGCGCCAGUGAAAAGAGCGUGCGUGAUCUUUUCGAGAGAGCCGAAGCUGCACGGCCUUGCAUUCUCUUCUUUGACGAGUUUGACAGUAUUGCACCGAAGCGUGGUCAUGAUUCCACUGGUGUGACAGAUAGAGUCGUCAAUCAGCUCUUGACACAGAUGGACGGUGCCGAGGGCCUGUCAGGGGUGUAUGUUCUGGCAGCGACCUCUCGACCAGACUUGAUUGACCCUGCCUUGCUACGGCCUGGUCGUCUUGAUAAGUCCUUGUUAUGCGAUAUGCCCAACCACGCCGACCGCGUUGAUAUCAUCCAAGCUCUGAGUGGAAAGCUAAAGCUCAGUGACGAUGUGAUGUCUCGGUUGUAUGAAAUUGCAGGCCGGACAGAAGGAUAUUCUGGUGCCGACCUUCAGGCCGUUGUAUAUAACGCCCACCUCGAAGCUAUCCAUGACGCUCUUGGAGACCGAACACCAGCUCCAGAAACAACCAAGUCCUCCAAGAAAUCAAAAUCAUCUUCAUCCGCCGAAAACAGUGAAACGUCCUCGAAAUCCUCUCAAGCCAAUAGACCCUUCAUUCAAUUCCUAUACGAUUCGAAAGAACAUACUCUCGCCACUACCUCCAAGGGCGUGAGAAAUACCGCUCUAGAUCCGCCGGCUGUCAUUGCAGCUAAAAUUGAAGAACUUAAGAAAGCCCGUCAACGCCAAAAGCAGGCACAACGCAAUCCUAUAUCGGACCCAGCGUCAAAGAUCGAUGCGAAUAAUGCUUCUGGCGAUGCGGGACUAGACGAUGAUGAUAAGGACUCAGAUGAGAUCAGCAUUGAAUGGACACAUAUUGAGCGGUCGCUUGCCACCACUCGCUGCUCCAUUAGUGCAGUAGAAAGGAAGAGGUUAGAAAGUAUAUAUCGCGAGUUCAUCGUGGGCAGAAAUGGGGAGAUGCCUACUGGUGAAGGCGCAAGAGACGUCGGAGGCCGAACGACAUUGAUGUAA